AAAAUAGGUACCUAAUAAGCAACAAUAACGAAACGCGAUUGGCGAGACGCGACCACCUUCACAAAAGCAGUUUUUUUUUCAAUCGAGUGGUAUAUCGAACGCUAUAAUACCGUGACGAGGCAGUGCAAGCGUGCAUGCGCUUCGCAAAGGUCCACAGUUUUCCCGUCGUCCUCUCAACCUUUGACCAGAAGUCUUUCGUUGGUUUUUACCCGACGAUCAGCGCCGGCCUUUUCGGAUUCUCCGACCGUUGCAGCAGCAUGCCGUCUGAAUUAUUUUUUUCGUAAAUAAUAAUCGUCGUCGUUUGCCUGUUCCCGCGGCCGCUCUUAUCGCCAUGUGGCCUUCGUUGAACCUCCGCUGUACGUUGUCGCUGCAUACGAUCAUCGCCUUGGUCGUCGCUUUGGCCGUCGUUGUCGUCGUCGUGAUCGCCGUCCGCCCGACGAUCGCCGCCCCUAAGUCCGACGGCGACGCGACGAUCUCGAUCGACGGCCAGCAUUGUAAGUGCGUGCCGUUCAACCUGUGUUGGUCGAACAAUACCGUCAACGUAACCUCUAGCGAAGGCAGUUGCAGCAGCAAUAAAGUAUGCUGCAUAAAUGAAUAUGUCAAUAACAAUGUUCGUAGUUGUGGCAUUGGUAUUUCACCACCAAAUACCAUCAAUUCUGAUAAUAUAAGACCCCGUAUUAUUAAUUUCGAAGAUAACUCAAACACACAUUUUGGUCAAUUUCCGUGGAUGGUUGCUAUUUUGAAAACAGAUAUAAAUCACGAGACUGGUAUUACAACUGAAAAUGUUUUUGUUUGUGGUGGUUCAUUAAUACAUCCACGAGUCGUUUUAACUGCGGCACACUGCGUCAGCAAGGAUGUGAAAUUAAUAAAAGUACGAGUUGGCGUGUGGGAUACUCAGUGCCCCAAUGAUGAAGAAAAUAGUAAAAAUUCGUGCGAAGAUUUUGGUGUUUCAAAAAUAGUUUAUCAUCCAAAUUAUUAUUAUGAUGAUAGCACUAUACGUAAUGAUGUUGCGUUAGUCGAACUCGAAUCCGAAAUUAUAUUACAUCCACAUAUUAGUAUUAUAUGCAUUCCUGACAAUGAAAAUCAAACAAACUAUGACCCUCAAUCGUGUGUAUCAACAGGGUGGGGUCAAAAUGGAUACGAACCGAGUAUAUACGGACCUCAAACUGAAUUAAAAAAAGCAGAGUUGUCUCUUAUCCCCAAUGAUUUGUGCCAGCAGAAAUUACGGACCACGGUACUUGGGGCAAAUUUCGUUUUACAUGAAAGUUUUCUUUGUGCUGGUGGCAUAACAGGAGUAGAUACAUGCAAAGGUGAUGGUGGCGGACCGUUGAUAUGUGCAAUGAAAGGAGACCAAGGGAAGUCUAAAAAAUAUAUCCAAGUGGGCAUUGUGUCUUGGGGUAUUGGGUGUGGUGAUGAAAAUAUACCUGGUGUAUACUCGUCGGUAGCGGUGAAUUCUCAGUGGAUCAACGAUGAGCUUAAAACGAUUACAUCAAAAUGAAAACGUUGCUUUUUUGAACUGUUGACAUUUUAAUUCAUAUUUUAUCACACUUUGACCGAGAAUUUGAGUCGAUUUAUUUUCCGAUUAAGAUUUUUAUCAAAUUAUGGAAAAUAUAUGGGUAACAUAAAAAUAAUAAACUAUUCAUUACAGUUA